UACUUUAGCCGCAUUAGGCAAUUCCGUAAUUUUUAUUUAAGGAAAUUAUAAAGAAAAUUAGCAAUGAAUUUAUGGUUAGUUUAAUAAAAAGCUUAUUAUAUAAUUAGAUGGACCACCAUAUUUCUCUAAUGAUUCUAAAAAUCAUUCUAGUGAUGACACGUGGCUACAAAAAAAAGUUAUAAUGCUUCUCAAAUAAUAUAUAGGGGAUUAUAAGUUUUUUGUGUAUUUUAAUUUCUCAAUAAUGUUAUAAUAAAGAUUCCUCACUAAGUAAUUAGAUUUGUAUAGUUGGUUUGAAUUUAAUAACAAAAAAAUAUUUACGUAUAAAUAAAAUUUAAAAUCAACUACACUUGUUGCAUCCCAACAAAUCAACCAUGCAUAUUUGAUAGAAUACAUAACCUACUUGAGUUUGGGGAUUGAUUAGGCUAAAGUAAUCGCUGGUUCAAUAAUUUUAUUCAAUGUAGGUUGUCUUGGGCUUUAAAUGGGACAGAAAAGUGGGCUGCUUUAGAAUUAUUUUGCUCUUCCUUUAAGCAUUAAGAGAGAAAAAGAAGCAAGUCAGAAACCCUAGUAGGUCUUUUUUUCGUGUUAACUUUUUCCUUCGUGAUUCACAAAAGAUGAAAAGAGAGCAUAGACAAGCAUGAAGAAGAGAGGAAAGGAAAACCAGAAGUCUUUACGAAAAGGUCAUCAAGGUGGAGAAAAGUUACCACAGUCAAUCAAUGUCCCUUAUGAUCUAGCGGUCGAGAUACUCUCGAGACUACCGGUGAAAACACUUGCGAGGUUACGAUGUGUAUCGAAGCUAUGGUCAUCUAGUAUCAUUACCGAGGCGAUCAAAACUAGGGCUUUGACUCAGCCACGCCAGCUCGUCGUUUGCUACCACCGGUCGAUCCAAUCUUCAUAUAUCUCCUCGUAUACUUAUCCUCUCAAUGCUAACACAACAUUCGUAGCCGCAGACAGAGGUGGUCUUGCCAUGUCUCCUCCUUGUCGUACACUAUAUCAACGCAGAAGCACCUUCGACUAUGCAUAUGUCCGAGGAUUAAUCUUUUAUUACUCAGACUCUAAGCAGUUUGCGAUAUACAACCCUACCACGAGUCAAAACGUUUUGUUGCCGCGCACAGUGGGAUACCAUAAAGAAAACAAAUCAUUUGAUGGAUUCUCUAGGUAUGAUCCAGUUGCGAACGUAGCCGAGAGCAAGUACUAUCAUGGAUUCUUUGGAUAUGAUCCAGUUAAGGAUCAAUACAAAGUCUUGCGUUUUAUUAAAGGGGCAACAAUAUGCGAUUAUUCUUGUAUGGUUAUAACAUUUAGAGGUCCAAAUAAACAAGAAUGGAGAAAGAUUGAAAUUCAAGAAGAUAUCGCUCCGCCGAGAGGUAAUGGUGUGUGCAUCAAUGGAAUUAUCUAUUACCUAGGAGGCACAUUAACAAGUAGUGUGUUAGUAUUAGGGAGGUUCGACGUUAGGUUUGAGAGAUUUGAUCAUAUCCAGAUGCCCAUAGAUGUGGAGAUGAAUCAGUUGGAGGAGUUGAGUUUAGUAAACUACCAAGGGAAACUAGGAUGCACGUUUUACAGCAAAGAUAGAGCAGAGGUGUGGGUUAUGAAAGAUCAUGGCAGCGAGAAACAUGAAUGGUCUAAGGUUACUAUUGACAUGUCUCUUCCUGAUAUGUUAAAGACUCUUGUAGCUGGUGUCACUCUUGAUGGUGAAAUUGUGAUAAUGCCCAAGACAUUGGAUUCUGCUCAAACGUUGUUAUACGCAUACUUUUACAACCCCAAGGAAAACAAGACUAGAAGAGUUGAGUUUGAAACCAACUUGAAGGGGGAACUAGAAGUUUGUAUCUUUAGUGAGCCGGAUCACAUGGAAAAUGCUACGUCUUUGCUCGGGAGCCAAUUUAACAGGAAGAAGACGAAGAAGAAGAAGAGGAAGAAGACGAAGAAAUCAGCGACCACCACUGUUUUCUCUUAUAACAAAAUAUUUUUGUGUCCCAAAAAGCUAUUAGUUAAUAGUAUUUUUAUGUGCCGCUCUCGUUCUAGCGACAACAUUCCGAACAUGGCUUAUAUCUUUGGUGGACUCGUUCCACUACUAGUUUUUUUCUCUCUUUUUUUUAUAGCAGCUUUUUUCUUUCUCUAAAGCUCAAUAUAAAAUUAUCUUUGUUGGUUGGAUUCUUUGGUUAUCAUCCCGUUUGAAUAUCAAUAAAAAGUGUGUGCAUGACUAGAGGGUCACAAAACUUUGAAGGUUCUUUUCAAGUUUAGGAUAUAGCACUCUUAUACAGCAACGAUAGUUGUUGAUUCUGGAAGAUGAAUAAACAAGAGUAGUUUAAAUAUUACACUUGUCAUGCCCACUCUAACUGUUAAAUACACGUAUCAUUGGUGUCAGUUUAACUCUUAAUGGUGAGAUUGUGAUGAUGCACAAGAGAUAAGAUUCUGCUGAUCAAAGUUUGUAAGGAUACUAUUAUGAUCCAAAGGGAAACAAGACUAAUAAAAGAGUUGAAUAUGAAAGCACGGAGAAGUGAUAGAUCCAAUGAUAUCACGUGGGUCGGUUAUAUCUUGCACCGAUGCCAGACCGAUCGGUUUGAUUAUAUUAAUUGUCGAUUUUCCACCGAUGUAUUUUUUAUAUUUAUAUAAAAAAAACAAAAAAAA